AUGGAUAUUCCUCCCAAGUGGAACUUUGCAGAUGCCGGAAUCCGGAAAAACCGGGUGGAUCACGAUCGCCUCCGCCUGCUACAGGUUCCCAAAUAUUCCUGUGUCUACCUGCCGAAGCACAAAGUUGGGGAGUACGAAGUGGAGAACGACGUGAACUUCGACUUCCUCCUUGGGUUUCUGGCCUGCUUCGCAGCCAACAUGCCCACUCAGGGGGAGAUGAUGGUUCUGCUGGCCGGCCUCAUCGACGAGAACGGCCAAAGACUGAAGAAAAAGACGAGCUCUUCCAAGAAGGUCGCCACCAAGAAUCCCGAUGAGAUGGAAACCCAAAUUGAAGGCGACCCCCCGCCUUCAGAGCAUGAGGGUGGGGAGGAGGAAAAAAAAACGGACGACGAAGAGGUGCUUCCGCACCAUGGGGACGAGCCUUUCUGCAACCGUGGGACAAUGGAUGAUGAGGAGAGCAAGCAGAAGGAAGGAGCGGAAGAGGAAGAGAAGGAAACCGACCCGAUAGUUUAUCCGGAUGAGGAGACGGAGCACGAGGCUGAAGACGAUGAAUAUGUAGGAGACGAAAAGAUCCGGAAGGAGAAAGAAGGAGGGAAGGUUGUUCCGGGUUGUUCCGUACCUGGACAGUCCUAG